UAUUACUUCCCAAGGUUUCAAGCCUCAACACAAGCACCUCUCUUCUCUCUUUUCUCGCCUCUCAAGUCCAACGGAAAAGUUUUUCUUCCUCUUACGGACCAAGCAUGGUGAGAGAGAUUGAAGUCCAGUCGAAGAAAAACACAGAAAAUUUGAAGUUUCUUUGCAGUUAUGACGGCAAGAUUCAGCCCCGUUCAACUGAUGGGAAGCUGCGUUACGUAGGUGGUCUCACUAGGAUCCUUUCCGUUGAGCGUUCAGUGUCCUUUGCUGAGCUUAUGGUGAAAUUGGGAGAGCUCUGUGGACACUCGGUUACUCUGAGGUGUCAGUUGCCAAACGGAGAUUUAGAGACCUUAAUUUCGGUCAAGUCCGACGAGGAUUUGGCUAAUCUUGUGGAAGAAUAUGAUCGCGCUGCUCCUGAGUCGAAAAUCAGAGCAAUUUUAUCGUCUCCAGUCUCGCUCAAACAAAUUUCACCACCUCCAAGUGUAGAUUUCCCGUCAGCUAAACCGUCGAUCAGAGCCGUAGAUCGUCGCUCUCGUUCCCAGCCUUCUUCGCCACCGUAUGGAUACGCCAUCAGUUCUCGGUCUUCUUCACCGCCGAUCGGAUAUGUUAGCCGUUCUCGUCCUUCUUCACCGCCGAUCGGAUAUGUCACUCGUUCUCGUCCUUCUUCACCGCUGAUAGGAUAUCCUGCCUAUUGCAAAGUGUCUCGCUAUCCCGUCAACGAGCAAGGAAACCUUAGAUCCUUUUAUUGCCCUCAGACUUACCGGAACAGAAAUUGAGACACAGAAAUCCCUAAAUAGAACGCCCAGGAACAUGAUCGAGUCAGAUAAAUUUAAAACAAGAAUAUCAUAAUCGGAAUUCAAAUUUGCUACAAGUUUUGGACUCUUAUUAGUGUGUGAUUGUAAUUUAGAACUGUAAAUUCGAGAAAGGACAAUUUAUCAUCAAUAUGCUUAUACAUUUGUGCCUGAA